GAGUCACAACAAAUCUCCGGCGUAACGUUCGACACGUUUAUUCGCGGAGUGCACGGGUGUACUGUUGGAUGCGUUGUGAACAUGAAGAGUGGACUAUGUGCACGUAUAUAAAUAAUACGUGUAUAUGCACAAAUAUAUACUUGAAAAUGUGUACACUGACAUAAAAGUGAACAUUAUAGAGAAUGUGAAGUAUGUGGAUACAGGAGACUAUGUAAAGUGAAACGUGUCAUGCGUGCUGUGUAAGUAGAGGUGGUGGUUUACCAGAUCGAUAUGUCAUCAACGAUGCUGAGGAUGCAGUGUGCUGGGAAAGAGAAAAAAUGGAAAACUACAGUGGACUUGAGAAAAAGAUUAAAAGCAUGGGCAACGUUUAACGAGUUUGUGCUAAAACUUGAUCUAACUUCUUUGACAGAGUGGGCUUUUGAGCCAUGGAAUAACGGAUGAUAGAGAUUCAUAAAUUUUGGAGAUAUAUCAACAAAUAUUAUUUUCAAUUUUUUUCCUUCAAGAUUGAAACAAACUUGUUCGGACAAAAACUGACGUUUCAAAUUUCUUUUCGACUUUUUUAAAAAAAAGUGCCAGUAAUUAUUAAUUGCUCUUUUUAAAGUUAUGAUCGUUUUAUCAAUGCAGAAAGUAGUCAACGGUUAUAUUUCGUAAUUGGAAGACUUUCGUUAUUUUGUGAAAGCGUCAAAAGGAAUGAUCAUUUUUAUUCCGUUGCGCGGUUACACUUGUGCUCCGAUCCGUAUAUUUUUAUGUAAUUAACAAGUUCUCGGUGUACAACAACCGGACUUGAAUUCUCCUCAUUACCUUCGCCGUAACCCUGCGACAAGUUUACCCAAGAUUAUGACACAGUAGUUGGUGCAAAAAUCUUCCAAGUUUCAAGUCGUGAUAGAUUACAAUCAUAAUUUCGAAAGCUGCAAUUUACGUUGCAUGCGUCAAUAUAGUUUCGGAUACUGACAAUCUUCCAACUAAACGUUAUUUUCAACGAGUUAAAAAUGAUUGCUGCAGUAAAUCAUUUGAAAGAUUUACAUAAUUGCUUGUUCGAUAUUAUAGUUAUUAAUAAAUUUGUAUAGAGGUUCAAUGAAACACGAAUACAAAUACGAAAUGUCCAUUUAAUAUUAGCAUAUCUAAGUGGAUCCGAAAUUCGUACCAUCAACUCUGUAUAACGUACUAACGCGUUCGAGUCAACUUACAAAGUGAUGUAAUCGCGUAAUGAAAACCCUCAGGAUACAGAGUGACGUGUGAAAUUUGUAGUGCAAAAAUGUUGUUUUCCCUGCGGAUGAUAUUUAACAAAUUAUGAGAUACAUGCUGGACGAAAUGCCGCGAUUAUUAAUAAUUAUUGAGAGGAACGAGGAGUGAAAAAGGUGCUGUAGGAUUUCGGCCGGGGGGGGUCUUAUUAUGGGGCGCAACGAGGUCGGAGCCGAACGUUGGGAGCGAUCGGUGAGGGGCAAGAAUUGGGUUCCCUCUCAGAUCAGUGACUAAGUUAUACCAGAGGUGAAUCGUGAGGUAGUGCGAGCACGUCGACCAAAUAGGCGUUUCGUUCUUAACGCUCAGAGCGAGAAAGCCUCUUGGCUUUUUGUAUCGAUUUCGUGACAAUAUCCGCUCGGGCGUUUUAUGAAACUGGAGCUCCUAUAAAGGCACUAACUGUUCGGACCGAGAGAUUACUAUUUUUUUUCUGCCGGUUCGUUCGAAGUUUUCGUGCGCGCUCGGGCCAAUCAGGAGCCUCGUGAGACCGUAACAUUUGUGGUCACAAAACCCCGAGCCAUUCACGACCGUAUACGUGCCAUUUGAUAAAGAGAUUGCGGGGGCGCAACAAGCGCCAGGACAUUGAUCACGACGACGAAUUAAAAAUUAAAAAAUUUAACAAAGCUCCGGAAAUAUCCGAGACUCAGAAAGUUUUAUAGUGCACUCCCCAGUAGAAUAGUUAAAAAAACACGAUACAAAGCACUAAAAAUGACUUCGGAGACUUUGAGCUCCAGGUUCGCGACGACGAUAACGAUUCUUCUGCUGAUAGCCGGUGUGUCACGUUGCGAGUCUUUUUAUGGUCGUACUACAGAUCAAAAUCCAUCAGAACGAGUGAUCGACGCGCAAACAAAUAAUGUUACACCAAUGCACAAAGUUUUGCUCACGCAACGAGGAUAUAUUCAGUUUCUCCGAUGGGAAUUACCGGUACCGGAAAUCGAAGAAUUUACUUUCUGCGUCUGGGUCAAGUCUACAAACCUGACCUACCCGCAUUCCAUCUUCUCCUACUCGAAAGACGAAAAGAACAGACUCGUACGCGCUUGGAUAUCUGCACAAGGACAAAGCGUUCAUCUUGAAAUAGACAAUGUCGAGAUUUUUUUUUAUCCAACGUUUAUCGAAGAACAUCGCUGGUAUCACAUUUGUGAAAGCUGGACCAACGUUAACGGACGCUUCGCUCUGUGGAUCGAUGGGCAUAAAGCGAUGGAUGGAUAUUCGCCGGAGAUAUCAGGUCAUGUGAUACCGAGCAAAGGGGACAUAGUGCUCGGUCAAGAGUACACAGACUUCGACAAGGGCUUGGAAGAAGGUGUCGAGGGUGCAGUGCUGGGUUUCAACCUGAUCUUGUCGUCGGCCUUCGAGUCACCAAGGUUAUUUUUCGAAAGGAACAAACUCGAGGACGUUGGGCUUCAAAGUGAAACCGAUACGAUCGAUUAUGAAGCCGGAUCGUCGGAGCCGACACAUGAAUCACAGUACCCUCAAGUGGCGUCCGAACAUCCGGUAUUUUCUAGAAUAAUGUUCCCUCAAUUUGGGAGUUCAGAGGUCCGGUCAACCGCUUUUACGGCCACCAAAAGAACACCGAGAGUCCUUUCAGCUCGAAGCGUCGACGGUGAAAAUUCGCGUAGGAAACGAAAAUCAAUCAACUUUCGUGAUUGGGAAAACGUUAAUACUUUCGAAACGGUAUUAAAAACAAAGCCGUUGGGUCAACAACUUGUGGAUAUGAGUUUUAAGCACUGCGAGCAGGGGCGUGGGAGUCCACAUAUCGGAGGAAAGCUGAUGCUCAUUUCAUGGACGAGAACACCGGUCAAAGUUUUCGGUGGUGCCAUUGUAAAAAAUGCCCAAAAUCAUUGUGGUAAUUUUUAAAAAAAGAAAAUAAACGUGCGAAAAUCCUAUCAAAAGAUCUCGAGAGCCUUCCGCAGGGGCAAUAGCAGCACGAAUAUUUAGUUUUCAACGUCUCACAAUUUCACCCAUCGACAGCUGAUUGUAUGAUGAAUGAUGACAAAAGCUUCUGCUCACUCAUUGGUCAAUCAUCCCGCGGAUCACAAAUGACAUCGAUUCGCUUAAGCCCGGUGAAUGAGGAUUGAAUGUUGAGAUUUUGCCAUGCUAGUUUAAGAAGCUCACAAAAAUAUCAUGCACCGUAAUAGUAAAAAACGUAAGAUAUUUGUACCGAUUUUGUAAAAUAGCCAUAUUUGCCUCAUAAGUUUAUGAUUUCAUGAAAAAAUACUCAUGUCGUCACAGUUCAAAUCGAUCCUAUUAUUAGAUGUUUCGUAUGUGCUCAUUUGUAUCAAUCCUUUCGGGCCAUAUGUUGCUUCUUCGCAACACGCGCUUCGAGGCCCCAUAAAACUAUAUCGGUUAUACGAAGGUCGGAGUUCUAACUGCCUAGUUCCAUCAUGUAAGGUUAAAUUGUACCAUAGAUACUCCUAAAUCAAGAGAUAAAGUGCUUUAACCCAUCGAAAUAUUAAUAUAAUAUCAAUUAAUAAAUUGUAAAAAUACAACCCUGUAUUACGAGACGAAAUAUUGUAUAUGUACUUGAAUCAUGUGCGUAGAAGCACAAGUAAAUUUUCAUAAUUAAUGCGUAAGUUAAUUCGGGUGACCUCAGGACUUGACGUAAAUUUUUUGAUUGAGUUGUACACGACGUUUUCCAAGGUUGUAAUUUGGGGAGGCUGACCCGCUUCGAUUGGCAAUUCGAAGAAGUACAACAUAAACCCAUAUAAUUUAUGAAUUCAUGUACAAAGUUCAUGUGUAUAUACACCGAUGAUUUAUCGUGCGAUUAAUGAAAAAAAAAGUAAUUGUAUAAAUACAUUUGUAUUUCUGUAAAAACA